CGGAGAGCUGCGGAGCUGAAAUGAAGCGCACACACGGAGCGGCUCACACCGUGCAGCGCCGUGCGGCUCAGGAAGAGGCUCCGCGCCGCUAAAGCUGAAGGCUGCUCCGGCUGAAUGAAGGGCUCCGUCCAUGCGGAGGCUAGCGCUCACUCUGCUGCCCUGUGCUGUUGCCGUCCUGGUGCACUUGUGGUUGGCACAACGACCCUCCUCCACCCCGCUGGACAACAACACACACUCGGAUGAAGCGUCACCCUUCUAUGAAGUUUUGGUGGGAGUGCUGUCGGCGAGACACCAUCAUGAGCUGCGACAAGCGAUAAGGGAGACCUGGCUUGGCUACCUCAGAGAUCACCCCCACUUCCAGCACAGAGUGGGGGUGAAGUUUAUCGUGGGCAAACAUGGGUGUCCCAUUCCAGAGGAGGACAGAGAGGAUCCGUACUCCUGCUCCAUCCUGAACUUCACUGAGCCAGUGACAGGGCAGGAUGCAGAGAUAGAGAUCGUGACAGUGUCUGACCCCUCGGUGCUCUCCCCGUCCGACGUGCCGGCCGUCGCCCUGGAUUUCAAGGUCCUCCACCCGGUGGUGAUCACCAGACUGGGGGUGUUUCCCAGCGGGAACCGGCCCGAGCUUCAGAGCAACGUAACGGUGAAGCUUCUCCAGCUGGACCAGGAGGAGGCUGUGGUUACUGCUCGCUUCAGUGCCAUCAGCACAGGGACCAUGGUGAACGGGGUGUGGUACAAACCAGUGGAGCAGUUCAUCUUGCCUAAGGGCUUUGAGGGGACGCUGGUUUGGGAGAGUCUGGACUCUUCUGGGUUGACAACAGUCAACUCCUCCUCUGUGCAGCUCAACGAUGGAGGAGGUGUCCUCAAGAUCUCCUCUAUCGCAGAGGGCAUAUUGCCUCAUAGAAGUGCUCUUGGAUUUCCCGGUUUGGCUGGAGGGUUCACAUUUACUAUCUACGAUGGAGACGGUCUGUCGGGGCUCCUGCGGGGCCGCCCAGCCAGGAUGGAGCAACAUGCCUCCAGGCUGAGGCAGGAGGACGCCGCUUUGCAGCGGGAGAGCCUGCAGCACGGCGACAUGGUGUUCGUAGACGUGGUAGACACCUACAGGAACGUGCCUUCCAAACUGCUUCAGUUCUAUAAAUGGUCUGUGGGAAACGCUGACUUUAAUCUGCUGCUGAAGACGGAUGAUGAUUGUUACAUCGACGUGGACUCAGUAUUAAUGAAGAUUGACCACAAGGGUCUCAAGCGCAGCAAUUUCUGGUGGGGGAAUUUCAGGCAGAGCUGGGCAGUGGAUCGCAUUGGGAAGUGGCAGGAGCUGGAGUACGCUAGUCCGGCCUACCCGGCGUUUGCCUGCGGCUCAGGCUACGUGGUCUCUCGUGACCUGGUCCAGUGGCUCGCCAGUAAUGCGGAGAAGCUGAAGGCCUACCAGGGAGAAGAUGUGAGCAUGGGGAUAUGGAUGGCAGCUGUUGGACCACAGAAAUAUCAGGACCCCGGCUGGCUGUGUGAGAAAGAGUGCUACCUGGACAUGCUGUCGUCCCCCCAGCACACAGCCGAGGAGCUGCACAUUCUCUGGGACAGGAAGAGGGCCUGCGGAGACCCCUGCGGUUGUCCCUGGAGCCACUAAAAAUCUGGCGUACAACCACACUCACCACGUGGCACUGUGGGUAAAAAAAUGCACUCAACACUGGCUGUCACUUCAGUUUCUGUGGUUUCCUGAAAACCCCAAACUGAGCCGUUUCAGAGUUUUAUCGAUAUUAUAUUAUUAAAUGAUAUAAACUUAGGUUUUUGGAAACGUGUGAUUUUCUGUCGAGAAAUGAUAAAAACUCGGAGAGUCCAUGGCAGGUUCUUAAUAUUAACAGAAUACUCUACCAACAUAAUAAACCAUUUGCAGCUUCAGAACACAUUAAAAACACAUUUAGCUGUAGCAAACUGUCAGUAUUUGUAUAAUAAAAUCAGAUAUUAAAUUUGAAAAUGUCAUCAGUGGAACAAAAAACAAAAAAUGUGGGAAAAGAUUUCGGGUUUAAAGAUGUUUUAGUAAUGUGGUAACUGACGUUGGUGGACGUGGACCAUGUGAUGGUCACUGUGUGCAGAAUUACUGCUGUAUGACUUGAGUACUUUGUAAUAUUAUAAUUACUGAUACUCUGAUAUAUGACAGACUCAAACCUUUUGGUUUCAAAGGGAUAUUUGAUGGUAUUUUACAGGUGACUGCUUUACAUUGCUAUAUUUUGUAAAUUAUUGUCUUAAGCUUUUCAUCCUCCUCACUAUUUGUAGAUUUAUGACGAGCUUUCUCACAAACACACACAGUUUGUACUGUAACUGUCAUUGUGCAAAUAGUGAUGUGGCCUUACUGUGCGUGUUAGGCGUCAUACUGUACGUAUGUUAACACAGAUUUCAGUCGGUGUAUUUGCAACACAGAUUUUUGGAACUUGACGAAAAACAGUCAGAGUGACUGUGAAAUAGACUCACUAGUUUAACACUGGUUUUACGAAACCCUCCUCACAGGUAAU